AUGAAAGAGAACGUAUUCGAGAACAACGUUGCGCAAUUGGCGCACUACAUCCGCCAUAAGUGCACCAAUGUUCGCACUGAACGAGUAGACGGCAAGACGGUGAUCUUUGCUCUGGCGUGCCGAGACAACAUACAGCUCGAGAUCGUUGUUUUUUUCCACCAGACAUACGCGGCACCCUUGCUGACGUUCCGCAUGUGGCAGCUGCAAAUUUUGGACGACAUCGAGACUCGCAGUCUCGUUUUCGAUCAGACCCUGAUAGAGAAGCUCCUCACCCGCGAGGGUUCACUAAGAGUCGAUCGACGCGUGGACCCUGUGAUCACGAUAGUGGACCAUCCUGUGCUGGGAAAGCCGUUCUACCAGCUGCAUCCGUGUCAGAGUGCUCAGUUACUGGAGGAUGUUGGCUUGCAGGGUCCAGAUUCGCUCGAAUUUUGGUGGAAUUUCUAUUCGUCGGUGCUGAUAUGA